GGAACGGCACCUCCCUACUUAGCCUGGUCGGCGAUGUGGGCAAAAAUCACAUUGUGAGCCGUUCUUCGCGUGCGUUAGCGAGUACGCGGGAGAAGGAGGGUUGCAAUCCAAACAUAGCGAAGCAGACAUCCGCGGAGGUCAAACUCAAGGCGCAGAAAGCAACCUCCCAGGGCAUUGCUCCUUUCUUCAGGCCAAACCGCCAGACCCUUCCACGUGCGACCACUCAAGAACACGCGGGUCCCGAACAGACCUUCUCUUUGGUGAGAGAGAGUGGGCCGUCUAUUGGAGCUCCGAAGGUAACAGAAGCCACGACUAGCUUAGACACUUCCGCCGGAAAUGACCGCACAUCAAGUCCAAUUGAAAUUACAAAUCCCAAAGAAACUGGUGCCCAGCAAUCUAUCAUUUUACUCGAAGAGGUCGACAUCUUAUUCGGCGAGGAUGUCAGCUUUUGGCCCACGGUCGUUGCUCUCAUUAGGGAAUCACGACGGCCAGUUAUCCUAACGUGCAACGACCCAAACCUUGUCCCCUCUAGUAGUUUACCCUUACAAUCAACGCUGAUAUUCAACCCUUGCCCUCCCGAUCUUGCGGUUUCCUAUUUGCGAUGCAUGGCUCUCACCGAAGGCUACACGAUCUCACAGACGCACAUAGAGACGCUAUACAAAAGUGGUUGUCCGACUGACGCGCUUGACACGAGUGAUGAGUUCGCGCGGUCUUCAGUUGUCCCG